AUGUUAUACAUAAAUGUAUACAAGCAGAAGGAAAGUUUAGAGAUUGAAAGCAAUAUUGAGGAGAAGUAUGUAGAGAUUGAUAUUGAAGGAGAUUACUCUUUCAGUUGUGAAGAUAAUAAUCCACUUCCCAUUUUUCUCAAGUUUGAGGAUGUGGAAUACAAGUUGAAAGGUGGAUACAUAAAUCCAAUAAAUUCAGCAAUGAAGAGCAUGCUAUCUCAAUUAAGAAUCCCAUCAAAAUUUAAUACAAUAAAAGGAACAACAAGAAGAAAAAGAAGAGAAGAAGAAGAAGGAGAUAAGUUGAAGAUAGUUAAAGGAAUAACAGGGAGCAUUGGUCCUGGUGAAAUCUUAGCUCUCAUGGGACCUUCAGGCAGUGGUAAAACCACUUUACUCAAGAUACUUGCUGCCAGACUUGAUGGUGAUAUUCAAGGCAACAUCACUUACAAUGACACUCCUUAUUCUCCUGCUCUCAAGAGAAGGAUUGGAUUUGUGACACAAGAUGAUGUGCUAUUUCCUCAACUAACAGUGGAAGAAACACUAGUUUUUGCUGCAUUUCUCAGACUCCCCAGCUUCAUGACAAAGCAAGAAAAGUAUUCCAGAGCUGAUGCUAUCAUCAAAGAACUUGGUUUGCAAAGAUGUCGGCACACAAGAAUCGGUGGAGAUUUCGUUAAAGGUAUAUCGGGAGGAGAAAGAAAAAGAACUAGUAUUGGCUAUGAAAUCCUCGUUGAGCCGUCAUUGUUGUUGCUCGAUGAACCAACAUCCGGCCUUGAUUCUAGCUCCGCGAGCAAACUCCUUUGUGUUCUUCAAAAUCUUGCCAAGGCAGGGAGGACAAUAAUAACAACAAUUCAUCAACCAUCAAGUAGGAUGUUUUACAUGUUUGAUAAGCUGUUGUUGAUAUCCGAAGGGAAACCGAUAUUUUAUGGAAAAGCAAGGGAUUCGAUGAAGUAUUUCUCUUCGAUUGGAUUUGUGCCACAAUUAGCCAUGAAUCCUGCUGAGUUCCUUCUUGAUCUUGCAACCGGUCAUCUUAAUGAUAUUGCCAUUCCUCAAGAAUCACAACAACUUGAUAUGACACUAAUCAAGUUUCUGAGAAUGAAGUACAAAACAGAGAUAGAGCCGAAAGAGAAAGAAGAGAACCACAGAAGGAUGAAAACACCGAAACAUCUGCGAAUUGCGAUACAAAUAAAGAAGGAUUGGAGUAUGAGUUGGAUAGAACAGUGUGUGAUACUAAUGAAAAGAACAUUAAGAGAAAGAAGCAGAGAUUAUCUAGACAAGCUUAGAAUGUUACAAGCCAUUGGUGUUGCUCUUCUUUUAGGCUUUCUUUGGUGGAAAUCAAAGACCGAUACCGAAGCUCAAUUAAGAGACCAAGUUGGACUUAUGUUUUAUGUGUGUAUAUUUUGGACAUCGGCAUCGAUAUUUGGAGCAGUAUAUGUGUUUCCAUUUGAGAAGAAGUACUUGGUGAAAGAAAGGAAAGCAGAUAUGUAUAGAAUGAGUGUUUACUAUGUUUGUAGCACUCUGUGUGACAUGGUUGCACAUGUUGUUUAUCCAAUCAUUUUCAUGGUCAUUCUUUACUUCAUGGCUGACCUUAGAAAAACAUUCUCUGCUUUCUUCUUCACUUGCUUUGCUGUUCUAUUGAUUGUGGCCACAAGCCAGGGAACAGGAGAAGUAAUUGGAGCAGCAAUUUUGAGUGUGAAAAGGUCUGGAUUGAUGGCUUCUCUUGUUCUUAUGUUGUUUCUUCUUACUGGAGGCUAUUAUGUUCAACAUUUACCGAAAUUCAUGAGAUGGAUGAAGUACAUAUCAUUCAUGUAUUACGGGUUUCGAUUAUUACUAAAAGUUCAAUACUCGGGUGAUCAAGUUUACGAAUGUGAAAGCCGAAGCGGAUGCAAGAGUCUACAAAGCUCACCAUCAUUUGAUACUGUGAACUUGAAUGGUUCAUUGCAGGAGGUCUGGAUACUGAUAGCAAUGGCUCUGAUCUAUAGAUUCUUUGCUUAUUUGUUUCUCAGCAAAAGAAUUAAUACAUCUUCUUUGUGAUUCAAAAUCAUACAAUUAUUAUUAAUUCUUACUAUUGCUACAAGUGUAAUUUCAAUUGCUUUGUGAAAACUCAAAUAUGAAUAUUUCGUAUUUUCGAAUACAUUGUUAUUGCUAAAA